UUUGGAGGGAAGGAGAGGCAAGUCAGUGGUGAACUGGCGUCCACAAAUAAGACCUCUGCUCUGCCGUCUGCAUACGCCAGACGAAAAUGAGCUCAGGCGGAGCCUUUGGGCUGGGCGGUUCCCGGGGAUUUCAACCGAUUCCUCCAGAGAAGGGAGUUUUCCCCCUCGACCACUUUGGAGAAUGCAAAGAGGAAAUGAAGAAGUACAUGAAGUGUUUGCGGGACAAGAAGUUUGUGACUGACGAAUGCAAUCAGUUCUCAAAGGCCUAUCUUGCCUGCCGUAUGCAGAGGAACUUAAUGGCUAAGCAGGACCUCGCAUCACUAGGGUUUACGGAGGAAGCUUCAGGGAAAUCGGAUUCUUCGGGGAAUGCUAAUCCUUCGCAGGAGUCAUCAGAGAAGCUGUCAUCGAUCGAGCAGGCAAGAAGAAGGGCACAGUCAGGCUUUGUUGCGGGGAUCAGGCGUAAACAACAAGAAAGUAGCACCAAGACAGGGGGCAGUUGAGUAGAGGAAGGAUUCUGGACGUGGCUACUUGUUGAGGAGAGGGGCAGUUGUUGCAUGUGUCGAAUACAAAUCGUUAAUACUGAGGCUGUGCUGCUGCUCUGGAAGCAUGCAAUCUGGCCUUCUGAGCCUUCUGCAGUCUGGACAUGUGAGCAUUUGGGAGGAAAUUGGGACAAUGCUUCCUCUUUCAGGUCCUUCACUGCGGUCAGUUCUCGAUCACUGAUUGCUUUCACUGCCAGUGACUUAUGGCUAUAUGCGUCU